AUGGAACGGUUUCUGCGUCCCGAUAAACUGAACAUUGAUCCAACCGGUAAUUCCGCCUCCAAGGAAUGGGAGCACUGGAAGAGGACGUUCGAGAGUUUCUUAUCGAACUUUACAAAAGAAACAGCUGGUAUGAAAAUAGACAUACUUAUAAACCACGUAUCUCCAACAAUCUUCGCAUACAUAAGUGAAUGUACUACCUAUGAAGAAGCCCUAGACAUACUCGACAAACUAUUCAAUAAACCAAAAAAUGUAGUCUAUGCCAGGUAUAUACUAGCUACUAGGAGACAAAAGCACGAUGAGAGCAUUGAUACUUAUAUGCAGGUGCUAAAAUUAUUAGCGAAAGAUUGUCAAUUUGGAAAGGUUGAUGCUGAAACGAAUAAAUCCGAUAAUAUUCGAGACGCAUUUAUUACUGGUCUCAAUUCGAGUAAAAUCAGGCAGCGAUUGCUUGAAAAUCUAACUCUAUCUCUUGACAAAGCCUAUGAUCAGGCGAGAUCGUUAGAAAUGGCGGAGAUGAAUUCACAGAGUUACGAAUCUUCAAAUUUGAAUGCUGUACAAGGUUCAUCAAAGGAAGAAGAAUCAUCAGCAGCGUCUUUCUUCAAGCGAAAAUGUUUCUUCUGUGGGGGUCGCGUGCAUCCUAGAAAAGAUUGUCCAGCACUCGACUCUACCUCGGCAUCGCCGGACUCGCUUAGAAAGGCUACUGUAACGGCGUACGUUCAAGGGAUACGCGCCCAAGCAUUAAUCGAUACAGGCAGCUCAAUUAGUUUUAUGGAUGAGGAAUUCUUUAAUCUCUGUCGUUUAAAAAAGAAACCGAGUAACCAGAGAAUUUCAAUGGCUUCGACUACUCUUACUUCCAAAGUAGAGGGACAAACUAGCGUCUCUGCCAAAAUUGGAGAUUAUGAGUACAAAAAUCUGAAUCUACUCAUAGUAAAGAAUUUAUGCGCUGAUCUCAUCAUUGGACAUGAUAUUCUGCAUCAACACUCUUCACUAGAGUUCUCUUUUGGUGGUUUGAAGGAACCUAUCAAAGUUAAUGUAUGCAGUGUUGCUGCAGCUACCGUGCCUGCCGUACCACUGUUUUCUAAUGUAUGUCCUGAAAUUAAGCCUGUUGCUAUAAAAUCGAGAAGACAUAGUGAGGAUGACAAAGAAUUUAUAAAAGAGGAAGUCAGGAAACUUUUGGCUGAUGGAAUAAUCGAAGAAAGCACGUCCCCCUGGAGAGCUCAAGUCCUUAUCACAAAAAAUGUCAACCAUAAGAAGCGUCUUGUCAUCGAUUAUUCCCAAACUAUAAACAGAUAUACUCAUUUAGAUGCGUACCCUCUACCAAACAUAGAAGAGCUGGUGUCACAAAUAUCUAGAUAUCGUAUAUUUAGCGCUAUAGAUUUGCAAAGUGCUUAUCAUCAAGUUCCUAUUUUGCUCGAAGAACGUCAUUUUACGGCUUUUGAGGCUUUAGGAAAUUUAUACCAAUUUCUCCGAAUUCCAUUUGGCGUUACAAACGGCGUCUCAAGUUUUCAAAGGACGAUUGAUUGGGUAAUCCGAAAAGAAGAUCUCAAGGGAACGUUCGCUUAUCUUGAUGAUAUUACAAUUUGUGGCAAGACCCAGCUUGAACAUGACAAAAACUUAAGAAAUUCUUGGCAGCUGCCCAGAAAUAUGGCCUCACUCUCAACAAAGAAAAGAAACCUACCAAUAGAAAAUUGGGAAAAGGUUCUAAACCAAGCUUUACAUUGUAUCAGAUCUUUGUUGUGCACAGCGACUUGUUGUACGCCGCACGAAAGAAUGUUUACACAUACCAGGCGGUCAUCGAAUGGAGUAUCUAUACCUACCUGGCUGACGGAAUCAGAAAAAGUAUUAAUGAGAAAAUUUAAUCGUACUAACAAGUAUCAACCUAUUGUUGAAGAAGUGACUCUUCUGCACGUAAAUCCAGACUACUCCUAUGUUCGCUAUGAGGACGGUCGAGAGACAACUGUUUCCAACCGACAUUUAGCACCAUUGAGCCUAGAUAGUCAGAUAAUGGUAGAUGAAACAACAAAUAUUGAGGCUCUUAACGAAAACUCCAAUGAAGUGGAGGACCCUAAUCCUACAUCUCAAAAUUCUGAAACCAGAUCUUCUGAUUCCGAAAAUGAGACUGAAGACAUAGACCACCCUGAACCUCCAGCGGACACCGAACCAGAGAUUCGAAGGUCUGCAAGAGUGCGACACCCACCAGCCCACCUCGAGGAUUAUUUUCAAGGCUGA